AUGCCUUGGAAUAAUCUUGACCGUGAGGAGGAUGAAUCUGAUUCAAACAUAGAGGAGGAGCAGCUGAGGCCCUAUCAAUACAAUCGUCUGACAAGCAACCAUUCCAUCCGCCUGCUAAAGCUCCAUGCUGGCUCGAAGAAGCAGGACCUAGUGUGCGAUCUCGUGGAAGAAAAGCUCGGUGGUGAUCAUCAUGUCAAUUUCGAAGCUUUGUCUUGGUCCUGGGGUACUGCGCCAUGGACCGGCAGGAUCAAGAUUCGAGAGGGAGAUGAAGAUUUCGUGUUCAACGUCCCACCGACCUUGGUAAGCGCACUUAAAGCGCUAAGGUUACGACGAAAGGUGCGCACAAUUUGGGUCGACCUAAUUUGCAUCAACCAGGCUCGGACAGAGGAAAAGAACCACCAAGUGCCGAUGAUGUCGUCGAUAUAUGGAAACGCGACGAAAGUUUGCGUUUGGAUCGGCGAGGCCGACGAAGACAGCGACACUGCGAUCGACUUCAUCCAACAAGAAGUGUUGAGACUUCAAGCCUUCGACAGCUUGUGUGAGAGUCCGGCUGCGACACCCAAGUGGCGCGCCAUGUUAAAUUUGAUGAAGAGAGACUGGUUUGAAAGACGCUGGGUUGUACAGGAGAUCGCACUCGCGAACUCCGCGGAACUGUAUUGUGGAACGAAGUCCAUCAGUUGGAAAGAUUUCUCCGACGCUGUGCAACUCUUUGUUGAAGUAGAAACAGCCACUCACCGGCUGUCUGAUGUAAUGCGAAAGGAUCCAGCGUUCUAUCAUAUUCCAGGCUGGUUUGAGUAUGUCUCUGCUCUCGGUGCUAGCCUCCUCGUGGAUGCGACAGGCUCGCUGUUUCGAAUAUCAGAAGACAAGAGACGGACGCCCUUGCAGACACUCGAGUACCUUGUCUCUAAUUUAUCUGUUUUCAAAGCCUCGGAACCGCGAGAUACUGUGUUCUCGCUAUUAGCGGUGGCUAGGGAUACCAACCCUAUUGCCGUUCUGACAGAGCAGUCAGACGUCAAAGUGGGAGCAAAUGCACUGAAAGGACUCAACAUGUGGGCCAAAAACCAACAAAGGAAGCCAUACCCUGUGGAUUACAACCUGCCCCUUGUGCAGAUCUUUAAGGACUUCAUAGAAUUCGCCAUCCGACAAUCAAGCGAAAUUGACCCCACACGAGCUUUGGAUAUUCUGUGCAGGCCAUGGGCCCCUCCAAGCGUUCCGCAACGAAUGAGUACCUCGGGCAGCGAUUCUGACUCAACGCAGCGCCGCCUCUAUGAUAUACCGCUUCCAUCCUGGAUUCCCCAAUUAUCUGGCGCCGCCUAUGCUAUGUUCCAACACGCCAAUUCGGAGUAUCGCAUGGGCCGAAAAAAUGCUGACCCACUUGUCGGGCUGCCUGCUCCAGGCCAGAGGAACUACAGUGCCGCUGAAACAAAGAAGGUGGAAUUGAAGCAUCUAAAUUUCAAGAAACGGGACGAAUAUUACAGCAUGUACGUGUCUGGAUUCAUCCUCGACACUGUGAAGUCCGUCGAAGUUGCCUCACAAAGUGGGAAUAUUCCAGAAGAGUGGGUCGCCGCAGCUGGUUGGACUGAUCUUGAGAAGGAUCCCCCAGAUGCAUUUUGGAAGACUUUGGUGGCCGAUCGUGGUCGUCACGGCCGCAACCCGCCUACCUACUAUGGACGAGCUUGCAAGGAGUCGAUCUCGAAGGGCCUUGCCAGUGGCUCAUUGAACACAACCGAGCUCAUCAAUGAGGGACGGUGCAGUGUUGUCGCCGAGUUCUUUCGCCGAGUGCAAGCCGUGAUCUGGAAUCGAUCCCUAAUGCGCACACGUCAAGGCCAUCUCGGAAUUGUGCGCAAAGACGUCCGAGUUGACGAUAAGAUCUGCAUUCUGUAUGGAUGUAGCGUGCCUGUCAUAUUGCGUCAACAUCACAAAUCCAAAGAAGUUGUUGAGCAUGAACGUAAGGAAGACGAACAAGAACGAGAAAAGAUGCGCAGAGAAGCAACGAUCCGCAUACAGCGUGCGUUCCGCGAGAGUAAAGCGCGUAAAACAGCAAAGCAAAAGGAAACAAGUGGACGGGGCGGAACACCUGCUUCGUCGUCCUCGGCGGCGACUUCUUGCCGUAGUGCUCAAUCAAAAACAUCAGCGUCAUGUGCUAGGCAGAUAGGAUCACCUCCAGAAAAUGGCUCACAAAAGCAAAAACCUCUGCCGCCCAAGAAGCCAAGCCGAGAUCUGAACAAGGCUUCUCAUCUGCCGCCCAGAUCUGGCCAGCAAGAAGAAGUUUUAGGAGGGCCGAGUUCGUCACAAACACGGCGCCAAUCUGACGCUGGAGGGGAGUCGAAGACGGAUAGCAUGGCAGAAUCGGCCGAAAUGAGACAGCCCCAAUCAAAAGAACGGGCAUUAACGGACGCCGACGAAUACUAUUGGUAUGAGUUUAUAGGCGAGUGCUACGUUCACUCAAUGAUGGACGGCGAGGCGAUCAAGUACCAAAACGUGCACGAAAUCAAACCCAACAUAUUCGAACUUCGAUAG